UGUCUCAGCUGGUCCUCAAGAGCGUCUGUCUCGAACCGAAGUUCAGUGAGUCUUGUUGUCCCGUAGCAGUGAUGGCUGCUCCGUUAGCACACUUCGAUGAAGACUGGCAGGACUUUAAUGAAUUCAGACCUACCUCUGAAUGGCCAAAUCAGCUGGAUCAGAUCAACUCCAAUGUCGGUGACACAACAGGGUUUGAGGACUUUUCAGAUCUGGACAACAGUUUUUCAGGGGAGAUAUGCAGCUUCAAGUCAAUGGAAGACCUUGUGAACGAUUUUGAUGAGAAGCUAAAUAUGUGUUUUCGGAAUUACAACACUAAGAUAGAAAAUAUCGCUCCAGUACAACCCAUCACAGAAGAUAAUUUCCUGAAGGACGACGAAAUCUGGAACGCUCUGACGGAUAACUAUGGCAACGUGAUGCCAGUGGACUGGAAAACCUCUCACACACGCUCCCUCCACUUACCCACCCUCAACCUAACAGAGCAGAGGAAAGAGGACAACUCGUCACUGGACCUCUCAGAUGAUGAGGAGCUGCGGGAGCAAAUGGACAUGCACUCCAUCAUCGUGUCGUGUGUCCACGAUGAGCCACUCUUCACCGCUGAGCAGGUUAUUGAGGAAAUUGAGGAGAUUAUGCAAGAGUCUCCAGACCCAGAGGAGGAUGACAGUCCAUCUCAGUCCGACAUGUCUCUGCUCUGCCAGGAGAUGAACACACUCAACAGGUCCAGCUCCACCAGCAGCUACGAAGAGAGUUUGCGCGGGUUGUCCGUGUCGGAGCUGAGUGGUCGGCUGCAGCAGGUGGAGACGCUGAUCCGGGGCCUGUCGGAGGAGCUGGUGCAGCAGCUGGCGCUGCGCGACGAGCUGGACUUUGAGAAGGAGGUGAAGAACCGCUUCAUCUCGCUCCUCAUCACCGUGCAGAACCGGCAGAAGGAGCACCGCCAGCUGCUCAAGCGCCGUGGAGGCAAGAUCCGCAGCCCCAGCCUGCAGACGCGCGCAGGAGAGAGGACGCACGUGCCCGGCACGCGUUUCAGUAUGGAGGGGCUCUCCUCCGUCAUUCAGAGCGGCCUGCGCCACACAUUCAGGGGCACAGGAGGGGACAAGCAGUAUCUUACCACAGUAAUUCCCUAUGAACAAAAAAACGCACCUCCUUCAGUGGAAGACCUCCAGUACCUCACCAAAAUACUUCACGCCAUGAAGGACGACAGCGAUAAAGUCCCUGGCCUGCUGACGGAGUACAUCCUCAAAGUAUUAUGUCCCUCGUAGUCCUCCAGGAAUGCCGGAACCUUCCAGUUGGUACGAGGUGAUGCAGUGAACCACACAUGUCCUGUUUCCAUGGGCCAUGCUUCUGGCUCCAUGGUUUCAAACUCUUAGAUGUUUUACCUCAUUUUAUUUUUUAUUUUUUUUAUCCCAUAGCAUUUUCCAUGUGUCAACCUAAUAUACUAUUUUGAUAUCAUGUGAAAUGUUUUUAUUUUUAAAUGCAUGUGAGUUUGUAAUAUUUUAGUGUAUGCAUUGCCAGUCCGCAGUAUUACUCCAUGAGUCGUGCGACCUUAGCUCAACGUGGCUCACGGCCCGUCACAUGACAAUGCCAUUUCCUCAGACUCAAACAACUUCGCAAUCCUGUACGAGAAAUUCUACUUAUCACCCUGCCAACGGGUACGAGAUCACCACAUGUCCUUGGCCUACAGAUGAGAUAUUUCCUGUGGUCGGGUUGCAUCUUAUUUGUCUGUUAGGUUACUGCAUGGUUUUCAAUGUACUCUGUGCACUUUGACAGGGUACAAAAACGUCUUUGGUAGUAGUUUUAACAAGUGGAUAUCAUAAGGCAUAGCAGAGUCCUGAUGUUGUGACUGAGGCGUCUCUCUGUGUAGCACAUUGAAAAGCUGAACUUCUUCGGGCAUUUUAGCCAGGCCUUUGUGGGAUGGUGAAAGCUUGGUUUUGAGAAAAGGGAAAAUCUGUGCUUGCCUGCAAAGACAUCUUCCACUUAUAAAGCACAAAAUCUGCAAUAAUUUGUGAUCUUAGUCCUUUUAUAUGAAGCUUGUAUGCUAUAUCAUUUUUAGCUUGAUUUCUUAACUGAUGUAAAAAACAUGGGAGAUUAUUAAUUGGGACACUGGGACAGUAAUUACUUUCUAAAUGGAGAUGCUGCUAAAGCAGCUGCAUGACUGUGAAAUACAGCAUCAACCUUUUUCCUUUAGCCAGGUACACUAAUGUAUGUGUAAUGCACACAAAGCUCAGGUGCCAUCAAUAGCGGCUCAGCGGCGCCCCCUGCCCUAAGGCUGGAGCGGUGCAUGGUGCCAACUGGUUUUAAUCUCUGCCUUGACGUUUCAGCCAGCCUAAAGUGUUCCUCCCACCCCUUGGCUCCCUUGAUUGGUGCCAGUCCUCUGAUUGAUGAUUAUCAUUGCAAUACUCCAACCCCUUAUUCUCCCCAACAAUAUAUUCCCUGUGGCAUCAGAAAAUCCGUUUGUUGAAGCCAGUUAUGAUGAAGCAGCCCUACUAACUUGCAUGCACAGAGCAUGCUGCUAGAGCCGUACCAGCAUAGACCCGGGGGAAGAACACAUGUGGGGGUUACCAUGCUGCCUAACGUCCUGUGAUUAGGAUGUGUUCAGGUUUACAGCUCUCCUAACAUCUUCCACAGCUAGUCCCCGACAUGCUGGACAUGUAGACAUUGAGUAAGCUUUGAAUAUGAUAUCGAUCUGCGUGCAUACCUUCCCAUAGUCUUUUUCAGUUCAUGUAGUUGGUGAAGUCUUUAGGCUAUAGUCAUUUUCGCCUAGUGAGGUAUUUGGGGACAUUUUAGUGUCCCUUGUAAUGUCCAGUGCUUGUGUCUUUUGGUCACCCUUGCUACCUGUCCCUUUUUAUUCUGAUUAUAGUGAGCCUAGUACUAUAAUCUCAAAUAACAUGCCAGUUAAGCAUUUCUCUCUCUCUCUCUCUCUCUCUCUCUCUCUCUGUCUCUGUCUCUGUCUCUCUCUCUCUCUCUCUCUCUCUCUCUCUCUCUCUCUCUCUCUCGAAACCUGACACAAACUUGCACUUUCUCUGUAACUUGCUCUAAGGACAGUUUGACCCUAGAAAGAAACUUUGGUCAAUAAUCACAUAACAAUAUUGGGAGAGCCGUGUCCUGAGUGCAAGCAUGCAUACAGAUCUCUAUGCCCAGUAGAGACUCUGCUAUGAAGUUUCUUAUUACCAUGCGCGUUUGGGGCUCAGUUGGACUACAGAUGGUAGAUUUACCCCAAACAUCUAUUAGGAACAAUCAUGUAACAAAACAGGCUUUAUAAAAAUCAGCGCCACACAAUUCCGACUUCCCUUUAGUUUAUUUUUGGAUUUGUCAGAUGGGUAUUUUAAAGUUCAGUCUACUCUGCGGUACAGUCUGAUUUAUGAUGCUUAAUGUCAUUAUGGUACCUUUGGAAUGGAUUACAAUCUGAUGUUCCAAACGAGAUUCCAGCAUGUUUUGCCCUCUAGCAAACACAGUCAGUAAAACAAGACCUCAGAUUGAAUCAGAGCUUAAGCAGAUGGAUCAACAAAUGCAGAAUGUGUGAGUUUUUAUUAUUAUUAUUAUUAUUAUUAUUAUUAUUAUUUGUAAUUUUCUUUUGUUUUAUUCAAACUAAAUGUCAAAUAUGCCAGUUUAAAAGAAUUAAUUGAAAGUCACGGCAGAACAUUGAAAGAUCUAUUUUUAUCCUGAGGUUUACUGUAAUUAUAGGAGUAAAUGGAAUCCAAUAGUGAAAUGAGAAGCAGCUAUUGGCCUGUCCCAGGCAUCAGAACUAAAGAUUUAUAUUUCUACUCCUUCUCCUGUAUUUCUAUGGCUGCCUGUGUACAGAAAUAACAGUUUUGUAAAUAGAAACAUGUUUGUUUUUAAUGUACCAUUCUGUCCUCUUCUUUCCUAUCCACUCUCUUUGUCACGGAUUAUUGUUUGUUUCUCAUUACAAUGUAAUGUGUCACAAUUAAUUUAUUCUGUAAAGGCCAUUUAAAGCAUAUCAUCUUUAGUGGUACAAAUGUUUUGUGCCAGUUUGCACUGGAACUCAUGUCAACUAAAUAAAGACUUUUGACUGUA